AUGGAGAUAAACAAAGAGUUCCGCGAGUGCAUCGCACGACACAGACGAGAAGCUACGAGGAACCCGGGGUAUAAAAACCCCGGGCACCGACAGGCAAUCCUUUUCCUCGUCGCAUGUGGCGUCGUCGCCGUAUUUGCUGACAACAGUGCCGAAGAGGAGCACUUUGAUUUGGAAGGUUCUGAAGGCGGAUACGGCAAACGGGGUGGCGGUGGUGGCGGCUUUAAGAAGGGCGGUGGUGGAGGCGGAUACGGCGGAGGCGGCGGUUAUGGAGGCGGCAAGGGAGGCGGAGGCGGCUUCGGCGGCGGUGGCAAAAAGGGCGGCAGCCUCUAUGGCGGCGGAGGUUAUCGUGGAGGCCGAGGAUACGGAGGCGGCGGAGGUAAAGGCGGCUACGGCGGCGGCGGCUACGGUGGCGGCAAAGGCGGCGGCGGCGGCUACGGCGGCGGAAAGGGAGGUUUCGGUGGCGGCGGUGGCUCCAAGGGCGGCUUCGGCGGCGGAUACGGCGGAGGUUACGGCGGAGGAAAAGGAGGCAGACGAGGAGGCGGCGGUUACGGAGGCGGCGGCAAAGGCGGCAAGGGUGGUUUCGGAGGCGGAGUAAUUUUCUUGGAUCUAAGUGCGGAACAUCAGCACGAAUACGAUGCCAACUCUCAGCAAUAA